AUGAAUAAUCAACGAGAGGAAAACGAUAGCACUCCACCCGCUGCCUCUCCCGAGAACCAGAUCAUCCGUCAACGCCGCGAGAAUCGUCUAGCAGCCGGACGAGGAGAUCCUCUCCCCUUCCCAAAUAUACUAUACCCCCUCGAACAAGAAGAAGAAGAAUACGAGAAUCCCCCCAACAGCCCACCUCAACCAGCCAAUCUCCUCCCCAUCGCCAUCGGACCCAUCACCCGCCAAAAUCUCCGUACCUUUCCCCACACCUUCGAUCUCCUCAUGCACUACGAUCAAGCAGCACAUCUGCCCCUCCCCGCACUACAAUUCCGGAAUCGCAUAGUAUCCUUCUUGAACGGCGUUGAAGUUCCCUGGCCCAUGCACAACGAACUCCCUCCAGGUCUCCUCCCUCAUCUCUUCCCCGAUUUGGAACUUUUCGCAUUACGAGAAAUACAAGCCACAAUCCGCCAUGCGAUUCUUCAGCGUGGGAUUCGUCAGCGAUCGAGAGUUAUUCCCCGGGCUAAUGCUCCAAACACACCAUCGUGGAUUCUCGGGCUCUUUCCCGAUGAGCCGCCGCUGGGACAGCGCGAUGCGAAUGGGGUGCCGGUUUGUCCUAUUUGUAUGCAGGAGUUACCGACGCGGGUUUCGAUUGUGAGACCGUGUGGACAUCGGUUCUGUCCGGAGUGUUUGGAGGAGUGGAUUCCGCAUGCGAAUUCGAUAAAUCCGCCGGCGAAAUGUCCAGUUUGUUUUGUGGAGAUUGGAAGGAUCGGGAAUAAUGGGGAGGUGGGACAUAGGGUGGGAGAGUUUUUGGGGUGGAAUUUUGAGGGGGAGGGGGCGUGA